AAGCUCCAUUUGGAUUUGGAGAUUCUGAGUGAUAACUGGCAAUGACAAGUAAGCUUAUCCAGCCACCAUCAAUGGCAGCUUCACGAGGAGCAAUCUCAAGAAGAGCAGGAAACGUGAAAGUGUUAGUCUCGUUCACCAAUUCUAAUAGCAAAACGCUGAGUUUUAGUGAUAACUCAUUUAGGCUCAGACCCAUGUUCAUUGGGAAAGUCACAGAACAGAGCUCUGCUUCCUCCCCACAUGAACAACAACAAGAACAAGAAGAAGAAGCAAUUACAGUUUCCCAGAUUAAAGAAGAGCUCUACGAAGCUCUCAAAGGGAUCAAUAGAGGUAUAUUCGGAGUUAAGUCAGAUAAAAAAACAGAGAUCGAGGGACUGGUUAAGCUUUUAGAAUGUCGGAAUCCGACACCGGAGCCGACCGGAGAGUUAGACAAGAUCGGAGGUUGUUGGAAACUCAUUUACAGUACAAUCACUGUAUUGGGUUCUAAAAGAACCAAAUUGGGUCUUCGAGAUUUCGUCUCUCUUGGUGAUCUUCUUCAACAUAUCGACAUUGCUCAGGGUAAAACGGUCCAUGUAUUGAAAUUCGAUGUCCGGGGAUUGAAUUUACUCGACGGCGAGUUUAGAAUCGUCGCUUCCUUCAAGAUCUCAUCCAAAUCGAGUGUUGAGAUUACUUAUGAAAGCUCGACGAUCAAGCCAGACCAGUUGAUGAACAUAUUUAGGAAGAACAUGGAUCUUCUUUUGGGAAUCUUCAAUCCCGAGGGACUAUUCGAGAUUUCAUAUUUAGACGAAGAUUUACAAGUAGGCAGAGAUGGAAAAGGAAAUGUUUUUGUUUUGGAAAAAACAGAGAAACCUUAAAUCUUUAUACGCAAAAAAUGUUUACUUCAUUUUUCAAACUCAUUUCCAUAAGAAGAAAUUGCUUGUUUCUCA